AUGUCGACUUCGAAGCCUGAUCACGUCGAUGUGUUGAUCGUUGGAGCUGGUCCGGCAGGAUGUAAGCCCAUUUGUGUGGCUAUGCGGAAGCCUUCGACCCAUCACUGCCCGCGCGAAUGAGGCUGAGCUGUUCCGUCCUUGUUCACCAAUUUCAGUGAUGCUCGCGACUUGGCUCUCCAAGCUCAAAAUCUCGACGCGCAUCGUCGACAAGCGCAAUACCAAAGUCUUCACCGGUCAAGCCGAUGGACUCCAAUGCCGGUGGGUGACCUGAAGGAAUUCUCUUGCUUGCGUCUCGAACGAGUCCUAACGAAGUUGCGCCACGACAUCGCCCUCUCACUGCAGUACGGUCGAGGUUUUUCAGUCUUUCGGGUUCGCGGAGCGACUUGUCAAAGAAGGUGCACACGUCAACGAAGUGGUGAGAAAGAAGGCCUGCAUAGAUUCUCGAUUGUCGUCUCUGCAUCCUUGUACUGAAGGUCUUGCGUCUUUAAUUAGGUGUUCUGGAAUCCCGACGGCUCGAACGGGAUCGUCCGAACUAAACGAACUCCUGACAAUGCACCCGGAACAUCCCGCUUUCCGCAUGCGGUCUUGACUCAAGGUCGAAUCGAGAGGUUCAUGCUCGACGCCAUGAAAGAGUUCGGUACGAUGCGUUGUAGUAUUCUGCGUCUAGUAAGUCGGCCGAGCUUGUCGCUGAGACCAGAUAGACCUGUCGAUUCUCAGAUGGUUUGGAAGUCGAAAGGGCUCGUCUGCCCAUGUCGAUGCAAGUCGACGAAUCGCUCCUCAGUGACCCCCAAGCCCAUGCAAUCACCGUCACGCUCCGUCACCUGUCGGAAGAAGAAGCGACCCCCACUCAAGUCGGCACGGUCCCGAACGGCAUGUUUCGAUCGAAUCUACUUUCGGACGAAGAAGCCGAUGCAGCGAUGCCGAGUAACCAGCCUGGGUUGGAAGAGGUCAUCAAGGCCAAAUAUGUUGUGGGGUGCGAUGGAGCGCGGAGUUGGGUGCGCAAGCAGUUGGGUUUGACCCUCGACGGUGAAAGUGCGGUACGCCAGUUGGAGCGAUUGUGGGUUUCAAGCGCGUCAACUGUCACUCACCUUGCUGCUUGGUCGGAUAGGGAGCUGCGUGGGGAGUGCUCGAUGCCAUCGUCAAGACGUGAGUGUCUUCCCAAGUGAUCUUCCUCUUUGUCCUAAUGCUGAGUGACUUUCCUUCUCGUGCUAUUCUGAAGUGACUUUCCCGACAUGUGAGCAAUGUUCCGAGUGUUCUUUUCACUUGGACGGUCACACUGAUCAUUCAAGUACGACAAAUCGACCCACAGUCGACUCAAAUGCACUAUCCACUCCAAGGACCAAGGGUCUAUACUCAUCGUCCCACGCGAGCGCAAUCUCGUGCGCUUCUACGUCCAACUCGGUUCGAUCAACCCCGGGGAGCGGUACGAUCGCGACUCGGUAACGCCGGCGUCGAUCCUCGCCAAGGCGCAGGCGAUCAUGCACCCUUACAAGCUCGAGACGCCGUUCGUCGAAUGGUACACAUGUUAUGAGAUCGGGCAGAGGAUCUGUAAGGAUGUCACGAGGGAUGGAAGGGUCUUUAUUGCCGGAGGUGGGUUGCUUCGGAUUUCGAGUGAUCGCUUGUUCACCUACAUCUAUCGAAUUUGACGCCGUGCAACCCCCCACCUAUCUUUCCAAUUCAGAUGCCUUUCACACCCACUCGCCCAAAGCCGGUCAAGGCAUGAACGUUUCAAUGAGUGACACCUACAAUCUAGGAUGGAAGCUUGCUCACGUGCUCCAACGCAAGGCGGACCCCAGCCUCCUAUCUACUUACGCCUCGGAGCGGCACCAAACCGCUCAAGAGCUGAUCGAUCUCGACCACAAGCUAUCGCGCAUGUUCUCCUCCGCACCUUCAACGGAAGAAGGUGAACCAGGUGGGGUCUCAUUGAAAGAGUUCACGGCAUUCGUGAUCAAGAUGGGUCACUGGGCCUCGGGCACGGCAGUGCAUUACAAGGAAUCGAUCGUGGUCGCCGCCGAAGCGACUACCAACCUCCUCGCGCCUGGUCUCCCGCUUGGCAAGCGGUUCGAAUCGCACCAAGUCGUCUCCAUGGCCGAUGCCAGACCUUGGCAUCUGGGCGAUCGACUCGAGUCGGAUGGAAGGUGGAGGAUCAUCCUUUUCGCAGGGGACGUUCGGGACUCGGCGCAAAGACAAAAUUUGGACGAGGUCGCGGCUUACCUCGAUUCGACGGACGGUCCGAUUCGUUCCUAUACACCUCCGAAGGACGACUUGGAUUCGGUGCUCGAGAUCCUGACCAUUAUUUCUAACCCGCGGGUGACGCAUGAACCGAAUGACUUUCCGUGCGUAUGAUUUCCGCGUUCCGGAAAGCCCCUCUCCGCACUGACACACUCGAAAUUUGUGCGCGUCCAACCGUCGUAGCGACAUCCUCUGGCCCCCAAAGGGCGCGUUCGGCUCGCGUGACUAUCUCAAGAUCUUUUCCGACGAUGAGAGUUGGUUCUCCGGCCAUGGUCAGAUUUAUGAACGCCUUGGGAUCGAUAAGCAACAAGGUUGUGUGGUGGUGGUACGACCUGAUCAGACGGUUUCGUUGGUCGUGGGGUUGGACGAGGUGAAGAGGGUUGGUGAGUGCCGAGUGUCGAAGGCGAUGGAGAAAAUGUUAUGAUUCUGACUAUAUUGUUCUUGUUUGGUGUACUAGGUGAGUUCUUCGCCGGCUUCAUGAUCCCGGUCGUAGCCUCGUGA